CGUAGAAUGAAUGAUUUACAUUUAUGACUUUGUGCUCAAGCAUUUCUUAAAUCGACAAUUACAAGGAGCAUUAAAGAGAAUCUCAAAGGCUCCACGAGAGAUGACACUACAAUAAUUAAAGCGACGCUGCACUUUUUUUCGCGUGCAAAGUUUGUAUAUGUACCCCGUGGUUCGUAGUCGCGACUGUCACGCAUUUUCUGUUUGUGAGCCCGGGUGCAAGACGCCGUCGGGGUCGUCGUCGCCGGGCCUCGAUGAAGAUGAAGCGAAUGAAAAACGAGGUGAUCAGUGCGACUGUCGACUCUUAUUUAAAGCGACGUCACUAUCAGGCAAACGACUUCUUUAAGGCCGAACAGUUCUUUUGUCAGAGCAGCGAUCAAAUGACACUGAACGCAACCGCCGAAUGCGGUACUUCGCGGGAUAAUUCUGUCGUUUUUAGUGCCAUCACCAUUGAUAUUAGCGCAGCGGAACAGGCUUAUCAACGAUUAAAGAAAUGGAUAAAUACCAUACUCAAUGAAAAGCUAAAACUGGAAUUGCGAGGACUUUUGUAUCCGAUGUUUUGUCAUCUUUACUUGGAGAUGUUACAUGCUGGUAACCGACAGGCUGCAAUUCAGUUCUUAAAGGCGCAUCAGAAUGAAUUUGUCAACGAAACAGAGAAAGAUUUCUUAGAAGAAUUGUCUAGCGUAUUUUCUGUACAAGAUAUUGAAUUGAGACCUUUGGUAAACGCGUUCAGAACUAGAAAGUAUAAAGUAGAUCUAUCUGAUUCAGCUCACAUUUGCUUGCAGCAAUAUUUUAUUAAAUAUGGAUAUAUAACAUUAAUACAGAUUAUAAAUACGCAUAUCACAAUAAUCAGAAAGGCAGACAAUCCCCAAGUGGAUGGAGAAGUGCAUGAAGAGAAAGGUCAAAGAUACGAAGCAGGUAUUAAUGGCCAUAUGGAGCAGCCGUCCGGUACAGGCGUAGAUCGUGAAAUGAGAGAAUUGCAGGAAUCUAUACGAUUAAUGAAUCACGCUCAUCAGCCGUUAAGAAUAUUUACCAUAAAAAAUGCUAUAGAAAACGCAAGUUGCGGUCUUAUUGCUCCUAAAAUGGAUAAAUUAGCUGUGGGAUUUAGCACAGCCGAGAUACGCUUGUGGGGUAUAGGUGAAACAGUCUUAAUUAAAUCAAAAGCUAAACAAACAUAUGUUCCAUUUGCCUGUGAUGUGUCUCCAUUUUCUAAAUACAAUGAGCAAGAAAACGCAGUAAGAAGCGAAGCAGGAGCGAUAAUACUAAGAGGACACACAGAUGUAGUGCACGAUUUAAGGUUUAUUCCAGAAGCAGAUGUUCUUCUUUCUGUAUCAAGCGACAAGGAUAUGAGAGCAUGGAGGCUCAAUGAUUAUUCAUGUGCAGCGGUAUACAGUGGUCAUAAUUAUCCAGUAUGGUGCAUGGAUACCAGUGUGUUCAAUUUAUACACCGCUACAGGUUCACACGAUAGAACUGCCAAAUUGUGGUCAUUGGAUAGGACAUUUCCUCUACGAAUAUUUGCUGGACAUUUUUUAGACGUCAAUUGCAUAAAAUUUCAUCCGAGCGCCCGAUAUUUAGCAACUGGCUCCGCCGACAAGACUAUAAGAUUGUGGGCCAAAGAUGACGGGACUCUGGUACGAGUGUAUGUAGGAGCGCAAUCGACCAUUUACACUUUAGCUUUUAGUCCGGAUGGAAAAUAUUUGGCUGCAGGAGGUGAUGAUAAGUCCAUAUCCAUAUGGGAUUUAUCAUCUAAUGCAUUGUUGACUGAAUUGAAGGGCCAUAAAGAUACAAUCAUGAAUGUAGACUGGAGUUUAGACGGUCAGUACAUCGCCAGUGCAAGCAUAGAUGGGAUUGUACGACUGUGGCCUACUCAAGAUUUUGUCAACACUUUGAAUGGAGGUUCGUCAAGUGCAAUCUCUCAGUUGGAGGCACAAAUAUAUUCAACAUGUUGCUCAAGCAUUCUCUCGCUGAAUUAUUAUAAGAAAAACAAUUCGUUGAUUUGUAUUGGCACAGCGUAAGAUUUUUAUUAUUUAUUACUACGUUAUUCGGGUAAAAACGUACUUCUAAAAUUAGAUUCUUUUAUUUUUAAUUUUCGGUAAAUUUGCUUGUUUUUUAUUAAAUUCAUUUUAUACGUUGUGCGUUCUAGUUAAGAAUUGUUUCUUAUUUAUACCAUCCAGCAUAAUAAUGUUUUUGUACAUUAUUGUAUAUACGAAGCGCAUUACCAUCUCAGUAUAUCACAUAUAACAAUUUAUGUUACCUACUAUAACUUAUCGAUUGUGUCUAAUUUUAUUUUUGUAUUAUUAAUUUUUUAACACUUUGACCGCAAGACUUAUUUUUAUUGUAUGUCUCAUAUGUAUUGUUUAGCCAAACGAACAUAAUGAAGUAUUUCUCUCCUUUCAGAUUAAUAAUUUUUUUAUUUUUAUUGUCAAUCGUGUAUUUCAUCUUAAAUCGAAUCUUAUGUUUAUUGUAUGUUACGCAAAGCCAAAUAUUUCUCGCAAAUUCUACAAGUUGUAAUUUUCGGCUUUUACAUAUGAGAAAAAAAUUAUAUAUGUGUAGAGAGUACAAAUUUCAUUUUCAGCCAUUGUUUAGUGUAGAAAAUUGGAGUCACUUCCGUUUCGUAUUUUUAAUCUCAGCUAUGCUCCUGCCUACCUGGUGAUAAAUGUAAAUUAUUUGUAACGAAGAAUAUAAUUUAAUGAUAUUUCAAUAAGAAAUUAUCAGACAUUGUUAUAUGUCUAACUGUGCGUGUAAGUUUCCUGUGGGAA